AUGUUCGGAUCCUUUGGCUUGGCAAACCUGCCGCCCAAGGUCAAGGUAGCCCCCGAGGACAUUCCGCCUCCAACGACAAUUAGUCUUCCUCGCUACCAGCCUUUCGUCCAAGAUGAUGUGCCAGUCGAUCCAGAGAACGCUCUGUCUAACCUGCUCAAAUGCACGGGCCGAACUUCCGCCACUGCGGGAGCCGUUGGGCUUUCUGCCAUCGGAUUUGACUUGAAAUUGGACGUCGAAGUCGACGACCUGAUCCCCGAUCCAACCGUUCUCCCCGAUUUUGAACGGUGGGACAAGCUCACGCUCGAGGAGGCUCGAGAACUGAAGCAGGCAGAGCGUCGAUUUUUGCCUAGCGGCAAGGAGCAUCCCGGAUGCCUCGUUUACAUAGAGCGCCGGAGGGAGCUCUCUCACGAUAACGAGGAAGCGUUCCGUACCGUUCGUCGCCUGGCACCACCCAAGGGGAUGCAACAGCCUCGCCUCGGCAACGCCUAUGAGUUCUUCCGCUGCCUCGAAUUCUUCACCAUGUACUGGGAGGACACAAGUCGACCCCCCUCCCUCCCUCCAUCUCCCGAACUAGCACCGACAGAGAACGGAGAUGCCAGCACUGCUAAGGAAUCACCACCGCCCCAGGCCGCACGGACGUCGGAUGGGAGUUCCAUGCCUCCGGAGUAUCGCCAGAAUCUUAUAACGGCCUUCAUAAAGCUCGUCGCGUACGACUUUGGUUGUAACGUAUCCAUGUCCCGAUUCGAGCCAAGACUGCAGCUGAGCUCCCCAGAGGGCCAUCCUAGCCCGCGCAAGUCAUACAGCCCCUCCAACUGUCAGUUCAUCUUCCAGAGUCCCAUGACCCGGGAGGCAGCACGUAGCGGCCUAGUGUACGGCCCCGUUGGGGCGGUGAGUACGCGUCCAGUUAUAGACUUUACCACGCCUGAUAUCGAAACUGCACAGUCUCUCGACCUAGCUCGAGAAGUGGUAGCAGCGCUCAUCACAGCCCAACAUCGGGCGCGCGAGGGAAAGACCGAGACACGAUUUGGUGAGAACCAGUGGUGGACUACCAAACCGCGAUGGGGCGGCGGCCCAGGGGGGCCCAUUGGGCGAGAAGUCGACAUGUGCACAUCCUCCGGGGACAAAUGUGCAGCGCCUGCCGACUCAGAGAGAGGGGCUCGGCCUGCUGCGAAGAAGGCCCGGAAAACCAUGUCAGCAUACGACGCGUAUCGCAUGGUCCGGCCGCCGGCCUAUACAUGGGACAAGAAGGCCCGUUACCAAGCUAUUGGCAGGCAGAAGGGCGCCGAUUUUGACGACAUUUUCGUCAUCAGUUCUGUGUUUCACCAUGUGUCCAUUCUCCGGGUGCGAGUGCCCGAUCGACUUUUGGAGGUGCUCGCGGGCUCUCCUGACCCCGACGUAACACGACGCAGCUGGGGAAGGGUGCAAGGAUGGCGAAGUCGAUGGUUCGACUUGUUCAAUGCUGAGCAACGGCUCGCAGCCAUGAAGACGCUCUGGGCCGUGAUGGAAUACCAGAUGAGGAAAGAACCGGGAGAGGAGGACGUCGAGAUGGCCGACAAGUGA